AUGUUCCGCAAGAGGGCACCGCGCAAGCCCGCGGCGUGGCCCACGUUCGAUAUCGGACACGAUGAUACCCUUCCAUCUGCUUUUCUAGAGUUUUUCGACUCUCUGUCUACUCAAGGUCCUUCCGGACAUAUCAGAGAUAGCCCCGAUAGUGUCGAGCCUCCCUCGUCGAAGCGUCGCAAAAUAGACCGUGAAUCAGGCAUUAGCAUCUGUGUCGCCAAAGCCGAAAUAUCAUUCUCGCGCCGAUGUAAAGAGGCUUCAAGCCCAAACCGCCGUAGUGUCCAUCGUGGUGUUGAAUCAUUGCUCAAAUUCGGUCUCCUUGGCGAAGAUUUAUUGAUCAAAACGCUACCAGCCAGUCGCCUUGGCCAGUUCGUCGCGCACGUACGCCUACGACCGGGAGAUGCGGACCGAAAUGCCCACGAGAUAUUCGAUAUCGAGAAAUCAAGUCUGAGGAGGACAACCGUAGGCGCUAUUUGGGUAGGCGCCGAUGUUGUGAUCGAGCAUCACCAAGGAGUUGCUUCCAUGACUAUCUCUCUUCAGCUUUUCUGGAAUGAAACAUCAUCCCCGUAUGCGCCAUUAAGACGAAACGACGAGCGCCGAUGCAGUGAGAAGCUGAUUAAUGCCUUCUUUCCCCCGCAAUGGAGGACGGUCAACCCCGCUUCGUGGUCGCCAAUGGAUUUCUACAAUGCGGCACACGUACCACCAAAAGAUGAUACCACCUCCCUCUCCAUUGACGUUUCUGGUCUAAAUGCCACCCUCUUUCCCUACCAAAAGCGAACAUUGCAAUGGCUAUUGCGUCGAGAAGGAGUAAAGUGGACCACGCAAGACACAGCUAUCCAUCCAUUAUUGGAGGAGGAGCAGAAGCUGGACCUAGAUUUUUUCCGUGCCGUGAAUGAUGCCGACGACCGCAAGAUAUAUCUUAGUGAUGUAUUCCAAACCGUUACCCGAGACCCUACCCCCUACUACCAGGCCAGCCGACUUGUCAAAGGUGGUAUCCUGGCGGAAGAAAUGGGACUGGGAAAGACCCUGGAAAUGAUUAGUCUCAUCCUUUUGCAUAGGCGCGGCGCAACCUUUAUCGUGACUCCGAAAUCCUUACAGCCGCAGUGGAUAUCUGAAUUAUCCCGUCAUGCUCCAGGAUUACGUGUAAAGCAUUAUACUGGAUGUCGAGGAGUUGAUAAAGAGGACGAGGCCCGACUUGUAGCUGAACUAGCCGGAGCUUCAUUUUGCAAUCAAUCCUCCCGAACGAUCCAGGAGAUAUUGUGGUGGAGAGUCUGUCUCGACGAAGCGCAGAUGAUUGAAAGCGGUGUCAGCCAGGCGGCGGCAUUAGCAAGAGUAAUCCCUCGAGUGAAUGCUUGGGGCAUCACUGGAACACCAGUCAAAGAUGAUGUAAAGGAUCUGCUUGGUUUGCUAUUUUUCCUGAGAUAUGAGCCCUACUGCUCUACGCCGCAGGUCUGGCAGGCACUCACUACGCAUCAUAAGUCAUUAUUCCAGCAACUCUUCCAGUCAAUAUCUAUUCGGCAUACAAAGGCGCUGGUACGGGAUGAGAUAUCUCUGCCGCCACAAAGGCGGUUCGUCAUUACGAUGCCCUUUACUGCAGUAGAAGAGCAGCAUUACCAGUCAUUAUAUAAAGAAAUGGCGGAAGCGUGCAAGCUCAAUACAGAAGGCGGUCCUUUGGCAGAGGACUGGGCUCCAGAAGAAUAUGAAGACGUUAUGAGACUAUGGCUCAACCGACUAAGACAAACUGCUCUUCAUCCGGAAUUAUUUGAGAACAGCCCUCGGGUCAGAGAGGCCCUUGAGAUUUGGGAAGAGGUGCAAGGCGAGUCUGCCAAACUGGUAACAGAUGCCCAGGCAGCACUUCGAGAAGCACUCCGCGAGAAGAGAGGAGUCGAGGAUGUGAGCGAUACUUCGGAGAGGGUACAGGAUGUGUCAGAUUCAGACAUUGAAUCAGAUGAAGAGGCCGAGGAAGAAGUUGGAAGUAGAGGCAAACUGGGCGAGCUGCAAAACCGGCUAAGAAACAGCCUUGAGCUGCACCACAAGGCUGUCUUCUUUUGUGCCAACGCAUACUUUCAAAUCAGGGACAACCAAGAGAUGACACCGCCUGACUCGGAAGAAUUCCAGCGUCUCAAGAAGCUUGAGGACGACGGCUACGAGAAUGCCAAGAUGAUUCGAAGGAAGAUUCUUGGACAGGGUCAUCGCAAAGCCAUGCGAUUCGUGAAGAAAAUUGCCCUGAAAGCCAACGAUCAGACUUUUGUUGAGAUACCAGAGCUCAUUAUGAAGAGUGAGAAGGGCAUCGAAAGCAGUAAAACUGUCGACGAUCUCGAGAUCCUCUACGAUGAGCUCAACGAGCAAGCAAAUUUGAUUGACGAAUGGAGAGAGCAAGUUGUCCAGCUCCUUUUGCGCCCACUCAUUGACGAAGAGGAGAGCACUGAGACUACCGGAGAAGAGCUCGCAGAUUCUACAAAAGUUCAAGAGGAACUCAUGGUCUACGUCCAAGUUCUCCGAGCCAUCAUCGCUGACCGUCAAUUCGUCAUAUCAGGUCAAACGAAUGGACUGGUGAGGCACGAGAUUGAGACCUCGGUCCGGAUGGCGAAAGAAGGAGAUGGGCCUGCUCCUUUGAAACUGAUCGAGUUGGUCCGUAGACGCGCUGAAGUCAAACCUCGAACGGCCAAAAUAUCCAUGCGCGGCGCCAUCAGCGAGCUACGCAGCUUGGUAUCGAAAUUUACAAGAGACACAAACCAAAGCCAAAGAGAGCUUUUGGAGUCCACCAUUGCAUCAAAAUUGAUGAAGACAACCCAAACGCUUCUUGGAGAACAGAAUAAAGCGGUAGUGGCUUUGGAAGCAGAAGUCAAAAGCUUCGAAAGAGCAAUGAAUGCUCGGUUGGAUUACUAUCGACAGCUGCAGGCCCUCUCAGAUGAUGUGCUCCCUCUCGAAACCCCCAAGACUGGAGAAGCUAUUGAAAAGGCGAAGAAGAACAUUGAAGAUCUUCACAAAAAGCUGCUGUCUGGCGAGGCCAAACAUCGAUACCUGCUGAGCUUGAAGGAAACUGGAGACAAGUCCAAUGAGCCGCGGAUGUGCGUCAUUUGCCAGAUGCCGUUCAUCACGGGUGUGUUGACCGUGUGUGGCCAUCAAUUCUGCAAGGAAUGCAUUAUGAUGUGGUUCAAAGCCCACCGAAACUGCCCUGUCUGUAAGAGGGCUCUUAAGGCGGACAAUCUUCAUGACAUAGUUAUCAAGCCUCGACAGCUGCAGGAGCGUCGGGGUUCUUCAAAGCAGACAAUGCUCUAUUCAGAGUUUGACGCUGCAGAGCUUGAACAGAUGAAGAACAUCGAGCUGGAUGGCCCCUCCUUUACGACAAAAGUCGAUACCUUGGUUCGACAUUUGAUGUGGCUGCGUGAGUCUGAUCCCGGCGCAAAGUCCAUUGUAUUCUCACAAUACAAAGACUUUCUGAACAUCUUACGGAAUGCCUUUUCCCGCUUCCGCAUUGGAUACGCCUCCAUCGAUGACCCUGACGGCAUCACAAGAUUCAAGGAAGACCCUGCUGUGGAAUGCUUUCUUCUCCAUGCCAGAGCUCACUCGAGCGGCCUGAAUCUCGUCAACGCUAGCCACGUCUUCUUAUGCGAGCCCCUUCUCAACACUGCUCUCGAGUUACAAGCCAUUGCCCGCGUUGACAGAAUCGGACAGCGCCACGAGACGACAGUGUGGCUCUACAUUGUUUCUGGGACAGUGGAGGAGUCGAUUUACAAUCUCUCGGUUCGACGCCGCAUGGAGCACAUGGGUAGAAACCUCAAGGGGAAGUCUAAAGAGUCGACUCCGGAGCUGCUGGACGCGAAUAUUGAAGAGGCCAAUACACUCGAGUUGGAGCAGGCUGCGCUGUCGAAGCUCAUGAGCAAGGAUCGGUCUGCGGGUGAGAUGGUGGAUCGAAGUGAUUUGUGGGAAUGUCUGUUUGGGCAUGUGAAUGCGCAGCGGAGUUGA